GCAGUCUAAGUCGCCGCCAGACAAUGUGUUGCAGCAGCUACAAGCUGCAGGCAAACCCAAAGCACGCCCGACUCGCUGUGCUGCUUCUAUGGAGGAAGCUGAGACACAGCCAGUGGAGGCUGUGGUGGAUGAAAUGGAAAUCGCAGACACAGAUCCGGACUAUGUUCGCCAAGGCUCACAGGAGCUUGUUCCUGCAGGUGUCGCUCAGUUCAUGCCAACGAUGCCGCUUUCCCCGGGUCAGACUCCUUCUGUGGCUGUCAAUGUUGGCGCGGGUGGUUCGGUCAACUCCGUCACGCACCCAAAUGAAUACAAACGGCUUGCUCGUUUCAUGAAGUCUCAGCGAAACACUCAUUUGGUGGAGAUGGGAAAGAUGUGGAACAAAAGCUUGAGCGACAAGAACAAGUUGCUUAAAGAGUGGAUCAGUCACGGUGAAAACGCGGACAAGAUCGAAGCGUCGCUUCUUUUCAAGUUGGAGCACCAGGAUCGGGAAGGAGCUGAAGAGGAACAGUUGACUGUGGAGCAAAUGGAGAAGAUCCGGGCCACUGUGCAGAGGCAAGCAGGCACCAAGGAUGAAGAUUGCCCAACGAACCCGGCCCUUACUCGCUACUGGGUGGUGGUGAAACGCAG